AAUGAAUGAUGAGUGCUUGAAUAUUGCAUGAAAAAUUUGUGUCGUUCGAGACGCUGUAAGUUCAGGACCAACCGGUAGGAUAGAUGGAUGGAGCUCGACAGUCUGAAAUUUGACCAAGUAUUUAUCAUUCAAUAGCCUGCACUGUGGGAUUGAAAUGGAAAUUUGAAUUGUUUGGAUGCAUCUCGGAUGGGAAAGUAUGGAGGGGACUGCUGUACUCAAAAUCUUCUUCCCUGAAAGCUUGUUGAAUGCAAGGAGUGGGUUAUGCCUUGGAACCACACACCCAGACAAACGGUGCAUGUGUGUUUUAGCCAUUGUCCAUCCAUCUAAAGAUGACCAUGCUCCAGAACUAGAGAAUAAUCUCCCUGUCAUCGGUAUGUAUGAGAACGUGAGCAGAGACCCGAGACCAGAUACAGAUAAGAAGAGCCGUCACGUAGGCUGCAUCGUUGAAAUUACACAAGAACAUCACAAUGAGAUUCCAGCUUGUAGGAUUGUCCGAUCACCAUGGCAACAUGUAGGCUGUCCAGGGAACAUCCGCAUUCUCUUCAUACUUUUCAAUGAUUAUCAUAUACUGAACGCCCAGUAUGUCUGUUUAGACGAUAGCAAGCGGGGUGCAGAUGCAGCGAAGAAUGAUUCUCAUGGAUCCAUGCCCUCCAUGUUGAAAGAACACAAGAAACCCAUAACCCACCAAUGUGAGUCGGUAGACUUCUUAUUUUCAGCUGUCCGUCACUUUUCUAAGACUGCACUCCCACUCCCGGCGUCUCCUCCCAAUAUACCCAUGUCAUGUAUACAAAGAGACUCCAGUAGUAAAGGAUUUCGUAUAUGCAGUCAAAUCUGUGAGAUUUGUUUUAUCUUGCCAGUUUUAUUCAUGAGAUCUCUGUUUUACUGCUUGGACAGUAUCAAGGAAACAAGAUUAAUUCAGAGUGACCGCCUGUAUGGAUUUCUCACGUUCCCCUCGACUGGAUCUCAUCUUGCCAAUAAAUCAAACCAGUUCUGGGAGUUCAUGAGGAAGGACGACAAAGGUAGAGAAGAGGGAUUAUCAGAAGAGGUCAGAAGGUCUAGCAAUGAUUUCAUCAGGGUAGGCAAUUCAUUUUCUACUUUGAUGGUUGAUCUUGUACUUGGUGUUUUGAUGUUGGUAUGGAUGUACAAUGCUGAUCUACCAUCCUUUCUAGCAGCUAUUGUCCAAGAUUGGGCCGAUCAAACGGGCAUUGGUCUUCAGCGUUUACUACACUGGUUAAUGGGUGCCCCAGCUGGUCUGAAGCUCAACACAUUCUUGGCUCACUUCUUAGGAAAUUUCUUUCUCUAUCAUGUCUAUCUGUGGAUUGGAUAUCUAAGUGUUCUACUUCCUAUAAUGACUUCACUGCUUUGGUGUAUAGCAGGAGCCGGGAUACUAGGGUUAUCUGUUCAGCUAGCGCUGUUUUCUGACCUGCUAUCUGUUCUCACUUUCCAUAUCUACUGUUUCUAUGUGUAUGCUGCAAGAAUCUACAGUCUUCAGAUGUCAGGAUUGCUUUCCUUGGCGCGUCUCUUCCAGGGCAAGAAAUGGAAUGUUCUUCGUCAGCGGGUCGAUUCGUGUUCCUACGAUGUUGAUCAGCUCUUCAUGGGGACGCUCCUCUUCACCAUCCUAUUCUUCAUGUUACCCACCACAGCUCUCUUCUAUGUUGUCUUUACCCUGUUACGUCUAGUGAUCCUAUGCAUCCAAAGCCUUCUCACUCUCCUGAGGGAGCUACUCCAUACCUUCCCAUGGUUCUCUCUGUUACUAUGGCUCGGCGGGUCAAACAUGCUCAACAAGGAAGUCCACUUCCAAGUGCUUCCUGUAUCGUCUUGGCAACCAGCUUCGCUAUCUCUACAGAUUCAGUUGAUGUCUUUGCAAGAAGCACUUCAUGUUGGACAGACUCCUGCCGUCACUCUCAAACCAGAGAAGAUGUCAUUGUUACUCAUUUUUAGAAAGCUUGUCAGAGGUCAACUGAUAUAUCCAUGGGGUGGGGACCACAGUUAAGCAUCCUGGGGGGGUGUUUCACAAAGAUUUAUGUGUGACUUAACGGAACGUUGCAAGAUACUUGCGAUCAACUGCAAGUCUAUUUUCGUUCCCGAAAUCAAGCAUAUGCCAUGCAAUUAAUUGCACAGUUGCGAUUGAUUGCUAAUCUGCUAAAUGAAAUAAGGAGUGUAAGCUGAUUUGUUAUAGAGAAACGUGAUCAAUCAAUCGUAAAAUUGCAACAGAAUAUUUGCACGUAAUUGCAAGUUUUUUUUCUCGCAACACCCCCUUAGGUUCGCACUUCAUUUCCUAGUUGCAUGAGCUAUACAACACAUGACCCCAUUGGUUAAAUCAUGCUUAGUGGAAGUGUACUAAUGUGUAUUUAUCAACAAGACUGCACAUUUAAUAUCAUGUGCGUGCUGGCAUUUAAGCAUAAAUGUAAGUCACACUCAAUUUUUGUGUGAAACACUCCCAAGGAUUAAGAAUUAACUCAACACACACUGAGUGAUAAAGCCAGGGGGUGUUUCACAAAGAUUUAAGUACGACUUAGAGUCGCAGUUAAAUACCUAUGUGUAUAGAUUAUGUAACGUGCAGUAGUGCGCAUCCUCUUGGCAUGAUCCCAUCAAUGCGGUCUUGCAUUUUAUUACGCACGCAACUAGGCAUUUAAGUGCGACACUAGGUCAUUCUUAAAUCUUUGUGAAACACCCCCCCCCUCCCCUGAGGUCUUGUUAAGGCAGUAUAUAUUCAUCAUAAUAUUAGCUUUGAUAAGAUAAGAAAAACAGAACAAAUUCAACCAAUGAUAAAAUUGCAAUAGAAAUGAGGAGUAGCAGAAAAAAGAAAAGGAAGAUUAGAAAGCCAUAUUUGAUCAGAGUGUUUCAGGUGGUGCUUGAAUCUGUUAUGAAAUAAAAUCGAGGUUAUACAUGUAGGGAAUGAAAAUCGCGACUGAAGUGUAUGAAAGCAUUUGAGAGUAUGGUGUUGAAGGAUGGCCAUGUCAGUGUUGGGGGAAAAAAAAAGCACCCUACUUGUGGUGAGGCUAGUGUUAUAUCCCUCAGUGCAUAGCUAUCUAGAACAGUAACAGCUGGGCCCACAAUUAAUUGGGCAAACAUCAUUUUUUUCGGAGUAUUUCUGUUUCAGAUCUGUAUUUCGAGCGAGAAAAUAUGGAUUAUUUUGCUUCUGGUUUUCUGAUUUGAAGACGUUAUUAUCCAUUACACCUUUAAACCAUGUAUUAAAUUUGUCAUUAAGCCUUUGAAUAUACUGAUAACUGAUAAGUCCCACAUCUUGGAAAUGCAUGCAUGCCAAAAUAACGGCUUUAAAAAGUGAUUAUUGUUAUUGUGGAAUCAGUGUAAUAGCUCAUAUCAGAUACAGCCAGAUGGAUUUGCUUUUCAUAUAAUGUCUUUCAUCACUCUUAAAAAUGUUGUGCCUGAUUUAUUUUUGCAUAUUAUUUCUUUAUCAGAGAAGCGAUAAUUUUGUAAUAAAAGUUGUGUUUAUUUGAUUGA